AUGCAUUGCAGGCGCGUUAAUUGUAUCAAGCGCUACUAAGAGCAAUGAGUAUUUUGUCGAAGGCCCCCUUAAUUUCCAAGUUUGUAAAAAUCACCCUGAAUGAUAUGAUUGUUGGCCGAAAACAUGUUUUUGGCACUCAUCUAACUCCACUAUUUCAUCACUUCUGCACAAAUUCGGUAUCAAGCUCUGAUAAACAGGAGCCCAUAAAGGAAAGCCUUCAUACAAAUAUCCGUAAAAAUUACAAAGGCAAGCUAUAUAAACAAGCUGAUUUAGCAACAAGUAUAGAAUAUUUUAAUUCUGAUGGUAUGUCAACGAUUUCCUUUCGUCCAACCUUCUUUUUAGUAUUUAGAAAUACCUAUAAAGGAAAACCUGUAUGGUUUUACUACAGACGUAACUAUAAGGGACACUUUCCUUCGAGUCUAACAAGAAAAAAUUGUGUUCAUUUUGGAAAAUUCGUAAGCUCAAAUCCAUGCCCCAUUUGUCGUGAUGAAUAUUUGGUAUUGAGUCAUCGACACAUUGAACUGUUAAAGCAGUUUAUCAAUCCGGAUACUUUAGAAAUCUUUCCAUUAUCUAAAACUGGUAUAUGCAGACAUCAGUAUAAAAUUUUACAACAUGAAGUCGAAAAAGCGCGUGACUUAGGUUUAAUUCAGACAUGGUUGCCUUUCUACUUAUAUAAUUACCAUGAUUACUAUGAUUAUUUACCAAAGGAUCAAUUAAAUGAAUUACUUAAAAUCAAUAACAGCCAACUUACACAUCAAGAUGUUGUUAUAUCGUCAAAUGAUAUUGCCUCCUUACCGUUGGAUAUACAAGAAAUUUUAAAAGCUAAUCAAUCUAUACCACAUGCAGUGGAAUUCACCAUUCAAUUACCAGAGAUUAAUGUUGAUCGACCAAAGUUACGUGUACUACAUAACAAUCUCCUUUCUAAAGAAGGAAGUUUAUAUCAACGGGGAAGAAAUCUAUGGACAUCAAUUAACGAAGGUCAUGGAUCACUGUAUUUUAUAGCUCCUCAAACACGUCUACGUGUAGUUGACAAUAGUCCAUGGAGUAGUAUUGCUCCCGCAACUCAUAUAAACACUGGUAAAGAUCAAUCAGUCAAGAAAGCUUCUAACACUGAUCAAAAACUAUCAAAACCAGUUAACGAUACAAAAGAUGUGUCCAAUUUACUUUCACUAGGUUCAAAAGUACUAUCAAUUAAACCAGCAAAAUGUAUUCGUGUUUAUAAUAAACGAAACAAGGGAACUAUAGGUGAUAAAGUAUUGGUUGCUGUUAAUGGAGAAAUGAAAAAAGGUUGGAUUGUUGGUGCCCGACUACCAUCUGUUAAUGGUUGGCCACGUUUUGACUCAAACAAUAUUGUGCUUAUUGAUAAUGAUGGCAAUCCACUAGGUACACGAAUACUUGUCCCAGUACCAGCGCGAUUACGAAGUUUAUCAGGGGAUAUAACGAAAAUUUUGUCAAUAGCUAGUUCAUUUGUAUGA